AUUUCCCUCUCUCACUCCUCACUCCUCACUCAUUCCCCAAUUAAUGCGCGCACACUGAGAAAACUGUGCGGAUCGACUAGCUUGUGCGUUAGGUGAUUGGAAGGGUCUCAGUGAUUGGUUUGGUGGAGUUGGUUCUAAGCUCGUUCACUAGAUUUUGUGCUACGAAGUUCCUGACUAUUACGUAAAAGACAAUGGCAGAGAUGGGUGAUAAAGACAUGGGUAUCACCCAAAUUAGCCUUGGAGGGCUAGAGAAUAAUGUCACAGCUAAGAUGCUUUCGGACUACCUUGAAGAUAAUGUUGGAAUUGUCUGGAGGUGUCGAGUCAAGACUUCCUCAACUCCCCAGGACUCGUAUCCAAGUUACGAGAUUGACACUGAGAGGGUGCAGAGAAAAAUUGAAUACGAGAAGGUUGUGCCUCAUGCUUUUGUGCAUUUUGCAGUUGCACAUUCAUCAGCAUUGGCAAUAAAAUUAUCAGGUUCUGGAGACCUUAGAUUGGGCAGAAAUACAUUGAAGGUUAGUAUGGGGCCACAAAAUCCUUUCCGUUUGAGAGAGAGGAGAAGAACUACAGCGCCCUAUAAGGUACCAGAUGUCAGCAUUGAGAUUGGGGCUAUGAAGAGCCGGGAUGAGUUUGUUGUUGGGUGGAGGGGGCCUCGUACAGGUGUUGAUUUUCUUGUUGAUCCAUUCAAUGGGACGUGCCAAAUUCUUUUUACAAAGGAUACUGCAUUCUCCCUGAGAGGUGAAGCCAGGCCGGCUGUAAUAAAAUGCAAUUUCAAGAUUGAGUUCGUACCUAGGGAAAUAAAUGAAAUCAAGCGCUACAAAGAUUUUUCUUCCUUGGUAGUUUUAUUUCAGCUGGCUUCAUCACCUCAGCUUUACUAUAGAACUGCAGAUGAUGACAUUGAAGUAUCAGUGCCGUUUGAUUUGUUGGAUGAUGAUGAUCCAUGGAUACGCACGGCAGAUUUUGUUCCCAGUGGGGCAAUUGGUAGGUGUAACACUUACCGAAUUUCUGCCCGACCUAGAAACCUUAAACAAGUUGAGAAUGCAUUGGGAUAUCUACAAAACCGCAGAGUGCCGAUUGUGAAUAGCAGCCCACAAGAGCGCCUCCGAGUGCAGGAUGAGCCUGAUUUUGGGGUGCCAAUGUCAGAUCCAUUUUUUUGCUUUGAGUUCAAGGAAGGUCUGAAUUUCAAGGUCAUGUUUAUGGUGAAUGCUGUUGUGCACAAAGGCAUAAUCAAUCAACACCAGAUGUCAAAGGAGUUCUUUGACCUGUUGAGAAGUCAAUCAGAGGAGCUCAAUUUGGUUGCCCUUAAGCACAUGUAUUCCUACAAGCGUCCCAUUUAUGAUGCUUACAGGGCUUUGGAUUCUGUGAGAAAAUGGCUGAUUAAAAAUCCUAAACUCCUUCAGAGGCCAGAGCAGAUGGAUGAUGUUGUUGAAGUUAGAAGAUUGGUCAUAACUCCAUCGAAAGCCUAUUGUCUUCCACCUGAGGUUGAACUGUCGAACAGAGUAUUAAGAAACUACAAAAAUAUCUCUGAUCGGUUCCUACGAGUAACUUUCAUGGAUGAAGCAAUGCAGACCCUUAACAAAAAUGUGCUCACGUACUACGCUGCUCCAAUUGUUAGGGAAAUCACGUCAAAUCUCAACCCGCAAAGGACCACUAUGUUCAAACGGGUGAGGGAUAUUUUAUACAAUGGGUUCCAUUUGUGUGGUCGAAGAUACUCUUUUCUGGCCUUCUCCUCAAAUCAACUGAGGGACCGUUCAGCCUGGUUCUUUGCUGAAGACAGCAACACUAGUGUUGACCUCAUCAAAAAAUGGAUGGGGAAAUUCACUGAUCGCAAUGUUGCGAAAUGUGCCGCAAGAAUGGGACAGUGUUUCUCUUCAACUUAUGCUACAGUUGAAGUUCCUUUUGCACAAAUUAAUUCGAGGCUUCCUGACGUUGUGAGAAAUGACUAUGUAUUCUCUGAUGGAAUAGGCAUGAUAUCUGUUGAUCUUGCAAAAGAAGUUGCAGAGAAAUUGCAGCUGAAUACGAAACAACCCUGUGCUUACCAGAUAAGAUAUGCAGGCUUCAAAGGUGUUGUUGCAUGUUGGCCUGCUAAAAACAAUGGACCACGCUUGCAACUCCGUCCAAGUAUGAAGAAAUUCGAUUCAGUUCACACAACACUUGAGAUUUGUUCUUGGACCCGAUUCCAGCCAGGUUUCCUGAAUCGUCAAAUUGUGACUCUACUGUCAGCUUUAGAAGUCCAUGAUGAAAAGUUCUGGAGAAUGCAGGAAUUAAUGGUAUCAAGACUUGAUCGCAUCCUCGAAGACCCAGACAUGGCAUUUGAUGUGCUUACAGCUUCAUGCACUGAUCAAGGGAAUACAGCAGCGAUGAUGUUAGCUGCUGGUUUCAGGUCUCACAGUGAACCUCACCUACGAGGGAUGCUGACUAGCAUUAGGGUUUCCCAGCUUGGUGACCUUAGGGAGAAGUCCAGAAUUUUUGUCCACUCUGGGAGGUGGUUGAUGGGAUGUUUAGAUGAGCUCGGUGCUCUUGAAUAUGGUCAGUGCUUCAUUCAGGUCUCAAAGCCAUCUUUAGAAGAUUGUUUUGCGAAUCAUGGAUCAGCGUUUUCUGAGACCAAGAAAAACCUAGAAGUGAUCAAGGGCCUUGUAGUGAUUGCUAAAAACCCGUGUCUGCACCCUGGAGAUGUGCGGAUUCUGGAGGCAGUUGAUGUUCCUGGGCUCCAUCAUCUUUAUGAUUGUCUUGUCUUCCCUCAGAAGGGAGAGAGACCGCAUGCAAAUGAAGCAUCUGGUAGUGAUCUGGAUGGAGAUCUCUAUUUUGUUACGUGGGAUGAUACUCUUAUUCCUCCGAGCAAGAGAAGCUGGACGCCAAUGGACUAUGAGCCUGGGGAAGUAAAGCGCAAGCCACGUGAAGUGACGCACUCGGACAUCAUUGAAUUUUUCACGAAGAACAUGGUGAACGAAAGUCUGGGUACCAUCUGCAAUGCUCACGUGGUUCAUGCUGAUCUCAGUGAAUCUGGGGCAUUGGAUGAGAAGUGCAUUAAGUUGGCUGAGCUUGCAGCCAUUGCUGUUGACUUCCCCAAAACAGGAAAGAUUGUGUCUAUGCCUCCAGAUCUGAAGCCACAGAUGUAUCCGGACUUCAUGGGGAAAGAAGAGCUUCAGUCGUACAAAUCAGCUAAGAUCUUAGGCAAGCUGUACCGUAGAGUCAGAGAUGCUUAUGACCUAGAUUACGAAGCUUCUUCCCAACUGACAUACCCUGCAGAGCACAUCUUCUAUGAUCAAGAACUUGAAGUUGCAGGUUCAAAAGAUUUUAUUGCUGAUGCAUGGAGCUGCAAGUGUUCUUAUGAUGGACAGUUGAUCGGCCUCUUAGGACAGUACAAAGUGAAUAGUGAAGAUGAGGUCGUCACUGGACACAUAUGGUCCAUGCCCAAGUUCAGUAGUAAAAAACAAGGGGAGCUGAAGGAAAGACUGAAGCAUGCCUAUAGUGCCCUCAGGAAGGACUAUAGGAAAAUUUUUGAGUGCAUGGGCCCUGAAUUUGACCAGCUCCCCGACCAUGAGAAGAAUGCUCUUUAUGAGCAAAAGGCAUCGGCUUGGUAUGAGGUUACAUAUCACGAAAGUUGGGUGAAAAAGUCCAAGGAGCUGCAGGAGAUGGAUGAUUCCGGGAAGACAGUUUUGUUGAGCUUUGCUUGGAUAGCGGCUGAUUAUCUUGCUCGGAUGAAAAUCAGGCGCAGAAGGAUGGAAAACGCAAUCUCCAACAAGCCCAUCGAUUCUUUGGGCAGGUACCUGGCUGAUAAAAUCUGAUUCAGGUCUAUUAGCAUGUCUUGAGGUUCUUGUUUCUUGAUCAUAUGGCUCUAAGGCCACUCUGCCGCUUAUGGAAGUUAGUAUCUGCCCUGCACAAAGCCCCAGUUUUGCACGGGCAUGCUAUCCUCCUCUACUGUUUUGCUUUUGUUUCUUUGAAGCUAGCUAUUUGAAGUUGCUCUUGUUAUAUGGAUUUGCCCAAUACAAUGGAUCUGUAAUAUUUCUCAAGGCUUAUGUUUAUGAGUUUGUCACUGGUUUUUUACGAA